AAAAGCAGCAGAGUUACUUCUCUAUUUUUGUGUGGGGGCAGCGGCUCAAUUAUUCGCAGAGUGCGCUGUUUCUUUUGUCUUCGGCAUUUUCCGGUCCAAAAUCGAGAGAGAGAGAUAUAGAGAUGGGCGGUGUUCUUCGGUCCCCCCCACUGAGGUCGCUGCCGUUCUCUCUCGGUUGCGACCUGAAUUGUCUUCUUUCUCACGGCAUUUCUGUGAUCUAGUUUAACUGAAUGCUAAUUUCAAUUCUCUCAGGCGUUCAUGUCAAUUCCUGGAGAUUCCGGACGCCUACUAGCACGAUUCCUCCCGCUUCACUUUAGGAUUAAUUGCUUUGGUAAGGGGUGAGCUCGUCUUGCCAGUUCACCUUUCUGUUUGCAGUUAGUUUUUGUUGUUAUUGUUCUUGGAAUCGAUCAAUGAGGGGUUCAGCAAAGCACGAGCGCCGAUGGGCGUCCGACACCGUCCCCGCCGGCCGCGCGUUAAGCCGCAGUUCGUCGCCGGGAACUGACCAGACGUCGGAAUCGGGGGCGGAUCAGGAGUUUGUGGAAGUUACGCUCGAUCUCCAAGACGACGACACCAUCGUGCUCCGCAGCGUGGAGCCGGCUGCCGCCAUCGGAUUUGAUCCGGAGGCCGGCCUUACCAGUGUGGAGACUCCGGCGUCCGCGUCCGCUUCGGCAUCGGCGUCGAGGUCGCCGACGAUCAGGCGAAGCUCUUCGAACCGGCGGCUGCGGCAGUUCUCGCAGGAGCUGAAGGCGGAGGCCGUCGCCAAGGCCAGGCAUUUUUCGCAUGAGCUGAAAGCGGAAUUGAUCCGGAGAUUCUCUUGGAGUCACGGCCACGCGUCGCGCACGCUGUCGUCCUCGUCGUCAGCGGUCCAAAACGUCGUCGUCGCGGGAAGUUCCAGUGGAUUCGACUCCGCUAUGGCCGCUCGCGCCCUCCGCCGGCAGCGAGCUCAGCUCGACCGCACCCGCUCCGGCGCUCAGAAAGCGCUCCGAGGGCUCAGAUUCAUCAGCAAGUGUAAAACAAACGGCGCUGAUAAGUGGAACGAAGUUCAGGGCAAUUUCGAUAAGCUCGCCAAGGACGGUUUCCUCUACCGCUCAGAUUUUGCUCAAUGCAUCGGAAUGAGAGAUUCGAAGGAGUUUGCAUUAGAAAUGUUCGAUGCUCUGAGCAGAAGACGGAGGUUAAAGGUUGACAAGAUCAGCAGAGACGAGCUUUACGAGUACUGGUCUCAAAUCACCGAUCAGAGCUUCGAUUCUCGACUCCAGAUUUUCUUCGACAUGGUAGACAAGAACGAAGACGGUAGAAUCACCGAGGAAGAAGUUAAAGAGAUUAUCAUGUUGAGUGCUAGUGCGAACAAGUUAUCGAGGUUGAAGGAACAGGCAGAGGAGUACGCAGCUCUGAUCAUGGAGGAAUUGGACCCGGAGAGGCUUGGCUACAUUGAGCUGUGGCAACUAGAGACACUGCUGCUACAGAAGGACACGUAUGUGAACUACAGCCAAGCUCUGAGCUACACGAGCCAAGCCCUGAGUCAGAACCUACAGGGCCUAAGAAAGAGAAGCCCAAUAGGAAGGGUAAGCACGAAUGUGCUAUACUACCUUCAGGAGAACUGGAGGAGGAUCUGGGUGCUCUCCCUAUGGGUCCUGAUUAUGGUAGGGCUGUUCACCUGGAAGUUCCUGCAGUACAAGCAGAAGAGCGCGUUCAAGGUGAUGGGCUACUGCCUCCUCACGGCUAAGGGCGCGGCGGAGACCCUCAAGUUCAACAUGGCCCUUAUUCUAUUGCCUGUUUGCAGGAACACCAUCACUUGGCUCAGGUCCACCAAGCUGGGAUACUUUGUACCUUUUGAUGACAACAUCAACUUUCACAAGACAAUUGCUGCAGCCAUUGUAAUUGGUGUCAUUCUACAUGCUGGGAACCACCUUGCCUGUGACUUUCCAAGGCUUGAAAGUGCAUCUGAAAAAUACUAUAGCAAGUAUUUGGCUGACGACUUUGGCAAAAAGAAACCCACUUACGCUGACCUGGUUCGAGGGCCUGAGGGUGUAACUGGCAUUCUAAUGGUGAUCUUCAUGGCAGUUGCUUUCACACUUGCAACCAGGUGGUUCAGGCGGAGCCUUGUUAAACUGCCGAAGCCCUUCGAUAGGCUCACUGGUUUCAAUGCUUUCUGGUAUUCACACCAUCUUUUUGUGAUUGUCUACGUCUUGCUCAUCAUUCAUGGCACAUUCCUCUAUCUUGUUCACAGAUGGUACCUCAAGACGACAUGGAUGUUUCUUGCAGUCCCUGUUGUUCUGUAUGCAGGGGAAAGGACUCUCAGAUUCUUUCGAUCUGGGUUCUAUACUGUCCGUCUUCUGAAGGUUGCUAUUUAUCCGGGAAAUGUUCUCACAUUGCAAAUGUCCAAGCCUCCCCAGUUUCGGUACAAGAGUGGACAGUAUAUGUUCGUCCAGUGUCCUGCUGUUUCCCCAUUUGAAUGGCAUCCAUUUUCCAUCACAUCAGCUCCUGGCAAUGACUACCUUAGCAUUCAUAUUCGGCAGCUAGGUGACUGGACACAAGAGCUAAAGAGGGUAUUCUCAGAGGCAUGUGAACCACCUGUAGCUGGGAAGAGUGGGUUAUUAAGAGCUGAUGAAACAACCAAAAAAAGUCUGCCAAAACUCUUAAUAGAUGGGCCUUAUGGAGCUCCAGCCCAGGACUAUCGGAAAUAUGAUGUUUUGUUACUUGUUGGUCUUGGAAUCGGAGCAACUCCUUUCAUUAGCAUUCUGAAGGAUCUGCUCAACAACAUUGUCAAAAUGGAGGAGCAGGCAGACGCAACCUCAGAUUUCAAUCAAGCUUCAGACCUGAAAUCUGGGACUACUGAUUCGCCCUCAGUCAACAGGGCAUCCCCAAAACAGAGGAAAAUUCUGAAGACAACCAAUGCUUAUUUCUACUGGGUGACUAGAGAACAAGGCUCAUUUGAUUGGUUCAAAGGGGUCAUGAAUGAAGUGGCCGAGCUUGAUCAGAGGGUUGUGAUCGAGAUGCAUAAUUACUUGACCAGUGUAUACGAAGAAGGGGAUGCACGAUCGGCUCUCAUUACCAUGGUCCAAGCACUCAACCAUGCUAAGAACGGGGUUGACAUUGUUUCCGGCACUCGGGUGCGGACUCAUUUCGCUAGGCCUAACUGGAAGAAGGUUUUUUCUAAAUUAUGUUCCAAGCAUACUAAUGCAAGGAUAGGAGUUUUCUACUGCGGUGCACCAGUCUUGGCUAAAGAACUAAGCAAACUGUGCUAUGAGUUCAAUCAUAAUGGUGGCUCUACCAAGUUCGAGUUCCACAAGGAGCAUUUCUGAAAAACACUCGGUGGCUUUAUUGCGUGCGUGGUACUAAGUACUAACACCUUCCUUAAAUAAGGAUUUUUGUAAUAAAACAGAACACUAGAAGGCUUGAAAGCAUUGUACAGUACAGUCUUUGGUAGAAAAGGAAGAAACAGAUAGAAGCAAAAAAGAAAAAAAGGAAAAAAGAAAGAGUACAAUCAUCUUUCUAUCAAUCUGUAUCAUAUAUCUAUACCAUGAACAGCCAGGAAAAUGACCGUUCGAUCGGACAGUUUGCGAUUUUCAUCGGACGGGUAUGGCUCGAUCCCUGUCUUGCAGAAAAGAUGACGGUGGCAGUGCGCCACAGGUUGGAUGCGGAGCUUGACCAAGUUGAAGAUGCAUGGUGGCUUUGCAUGAUUUGAAGACAUUCAUGAGUGGGUAGAAGGAGAAAGAAAGAGACAGUUUUGAAGGGGAGAAGGUAAGAUAAGUGAGGGCUAGCCUGGCCAAAAGCUUGUUCAACUUAAUUUGGGGCAUAUUUCUUUCUGGGAAGGGAACCAGAGAAUCUUUCUAGAGGAUGAUGUAGAUGUCCAUAUUGAAAUUAUAUUUUUUGUUUUCUUAAUUAGUCAAAAGGAAAUUGUAUGUAUAAAUGAAAUUCAUAGCAUCACGUCCCUUUCUUUCUUUUUCUUCUUUCUUCUUAUUUAAUAUUUUGAUCCCAUAUAUGUAUAAAUGUGCAAGAAAACAAGGGUUAAUGUGUAAUUUCAUGUAAAACAUUUUGGCAUUUGAAAUGAAUAAGUAGUUGUUUAAUAAAACAGCAUUCAAAA